CUGUCUGCGGAGAUUCGCCUUCUUCCCUGCCCCGAGUUCGGGCGCUGCUGCCGCGGGAGCGUUCCGCAUCGCUCCGGGGGCCCCCAGACGUGGAGCUCCGAAGCCGUCGAUAGCGUCUGGCGCUUCUCAGCUCCGGCGGGCACGGGCCUGUGGGUUUUCUCCAGCUAGCGAAGACGGAGGCGGAGGCGGAGGCGGAGGCAGUUUCAGGCUUUAGGCCGGGCGGGCCGGGACCGGUGAGACGCGCGCAUCAUCCGCCAUCCGGGGCGCGCGCGGCCCUCUUGGGACCUCGCCGGCGACCCGUAGCUCGGGCGCGCGCCUGUCGCAGCCGCAGGAAGGAGGGGUCCGGCCGAGGCCCGGACGGCGGCCGCCAUGGAGAUCCCUUCGGCCCGGGGCCGGCGCCUGUGGCCCUGGGGGCGGCCCUGACCGCCCUCCGGCCUGCCUGGGCUGGGUCGCGGACGUGCCCCCGGCAGCCCUCGGCCACCUCCGCGUCCCCGCCGUCCCCGGCCGCGCUGCUGCCUGGGCGCGGCGGCGGCGCCCUGUUGAAUGGGCUGUGAGGGCCCAGGUUGGAAGCGCUGGCGAGCGCGGCCUCCGGGGGCGCAAGGCAGCAGCAGCGGUGGCGACCAAACGGGUGCUGGAGUUGGCGGCGGCCAUGGAGGGCCUGGCCGGCUAUGUGUACAAGGCGGCCAGCGAGGGCAAGGUGUUGACUCUGGCCGCCUUGCUCCUCAACCGGUCUGAAAGCGACAUCCGCUACCUGCUGGGCUAUGUCAGCCAGCAGGGAGGGCAGCGCUCCACGCCGCUCAUCAUCGCAGCCCGCAACGGGCACGCCAAGGUGGUGCGCCUGCUGUUGGAACACUACCGGGUGCAGACUCAGCAGACGGGCACCGUCCGCUUCGACGGGUAUGUCAUUGAUGGUGCCACCGCUCUUUGGUGUGCAGCAGGAGCAGGACAUUUUGAAGUUGUUAAACUUCUAGUCAGUCAUGGAGCCAACGUGAACCAUACCACAGUAACUAACUCGACCCCUCUGCGGGCAGCAUGCUUUGAUGGCAGACUGGACAUUGUGAAAUACUUGGUUGAAAAUAAUGCCAACAUCAGCAUUGCCAACAAGUAUGAUAACACCUGCCUAAUGAUUGCAGCAUAUAAGGGACACACUGAUGUGGUCAGAUACCUUUUAGAACAACGUGCUGAUCCCAAUGCUAAAGCACAUUGUGGAGCCACAGCAUUGCACUUUGCAGCUGAAGCUGGGCACAUAGAUAUUGUGAAAGAGCUGAUAAAAUGGCGUGCUGCUAUCGUAGUGAACGGCCAUGGAAUGACGCCAUUAAAAGUAGCUGCCGAAAGCUGUAAAGCUGAUGUCGUGGAACUGCUGCUCUCUCACGCUGAUUGUGACCGAAGAAGUCGAAUUGAAGCCUUGGAACUCUUGGGUGCCUCCUUCGCAAAUGACCGUGAGAACUAUGACAUCAUGAAGACAUACCACUAUUUAUAUUUAGCCAUGUUGGAGAGGUUUCAGGAUGGUGAUAACAUUCUUGAGAAAGAGGUGCUCCCGCCAAUCCAUGCUUAUGGGAAUAGAACUGAAUGUAGAAAUCCUCAGGAAUUGGAAUCCAUUCGGCAAGACAGAGAUGCUCUUCAUAUGGAAGGCCUUAUAGUUCGGGAACGGAUUUUAGGUGCUGAUAAUAUCGAUGUUUCCCAUCCUAUCAUUUACAGGGGAGCUGUAUAUGCGGAUAACAUGGAAUUUGAACAGUGUAUCAAGUUGUGGCUUCACGCCCUGCACCUCAGACAGAAGGGUAACAGGAAUACCCACAAGGAUCUUCUUCGAUUUGCUCAAGUUUUCUCACAGAUGAUACAUUUGAAUGAAACUGUGAAGGCCCCAGACAUAGAAUGUGUUUUGAGAUGCAGUGUUUUGGAAAUAGAACAAAGUAUGAACAGAGUAAAAAAUAUUCCAGAUGCGGAUGUCCACAAUGCUAUGGACAAUUAUGAAUGUAAUCUCUAUACCUUUUUGUAUUUAGUGUGCAUCUCCACCAAAACACAGUGCAGUGAAGAAGAUCAGUGCAAAAUUAACAAGCAGAUCUACAACCUGAUUCACCUUGAUCCCAGAACUCGCGAAGGUUUCACCUUGCUGCAUCUAGCUGUCAACUCGAAUACUCCAGUUGAUGAUUUCCACACCAAUGACGUGUGCAGCUUUCCCAACGCGCUUGUCACAAAGCUCCUGCUGGACUGUGGUGCUGAGGUGAAUGCUGUGGACAAUGAGGGGAACAGCGCCCUUCAUAUUAUCGUUCAGUAUAACAGGCCCAUCAGUGAUUUUUUGACCUUGCACUCUAUCAUCAUUAGCCUAGUUGAAGCUGGCGCUCACACUGACAUGACAAAUAAACAGAAUAAGACUCCACUAGACAAAAGUACAACUGGGGUAUCUGAAAUACUACUUAAAACUCAAAUGAAGAUGAGUCUCAAGUGCCUGGCUGCCCGAGCAGUUCGGGCUAAUGACAUUAACUACCAAGACCAGAUCCCCAGAACUCUUGAAGAGUUUGUCGGAUUUCAUUAAGUGACUGGAUAUGUAAAAUCGUUUAAUGUGGUGCUAAAAAGUAAAGGACUUUAAUCACAGACAAUAGAAUUAUGUGUUCAUAAAUUCUACUUUUCUUUCCGCUACCCUUCCUCCCUACCCAUCCUUGGUUCUGUAUCUGGUCUUCUUGCUUCAGAUGGUAAUUGAUUUCAGAUACACUAAACAAAGCCACAUUGUUUAGGUGUAAGUAUAAUCUAAGGUGUUUGGAUAUUGGUCACUUAACUAUUUUCCUUUCUUUUUUUUAAAGGAAUGAAUGUAAAAUAUUUUGUUUAUGUAACAGGGACAUCUAUGAUUUGGGUUAACAAUGUUUUAAAAAACUGCCUACAAAAGUAUUUCUGUUAAGCCUGUGUCAGUGUAUUAUCCUUGCAGCAGUUUUGAGAAUUUCAUGAAGAAAAACAACUGAAAAGGAGCAUUGAAAGUAAUGGGAUACCAGGGUGUUCUGCACAUGCCAAACUGCUAGUUUUCACUCUUCUGUUCUUUAUGUGGAGUGAUACGAUACAUUAUAACAUCAGGAGAAUUUAAAAAAUAUAGCUACAGAUUAAUCUGAAAAAUGUGCUAAUUUACUAAUACAAAUUUAUAAAGUUAAAUCCAUUGAAAUUGUUGCAUUAUGCUGGGUGGUAUGUACAAAGUAGUAAUAAUCUCAAAGCAACUUUUCAGAGAAUAUUGAUGGACUAUUUGCUUUUAGGCUUGAAUUCUAAAAUUCUUUGAAGUCUGUUUUAAUGUAAUUUAUUGAAAUUGCAGCAGUCUGCAUUUGAGUCAGCUUACAGACUUGUGAAAAUUAUGAAUGCUGUGGAAACAAAUUGUCACAAUAUAGUUACACAUUCUAUUUUUGUCCUCUUCUCUCUUUCCUCCUGUGUGUUAUUUUUUAAAAUUUGGUAACUGCUUUUCCAGAGGGCAUUAUUUGUGCCUCCCUAAUAAGGUUUUUGUGACAGAUGAAAAGAAGCCAGGAUAUUUUUCACUUUCUUUACUUAGCUUGUGAUAAGAAGUAGAAAAAUCACUAGUGUGGUAUAGGAAAUUAAAUGUUUUUGAUGAUGAAAAUAAUUCGCAAUGCCAGUUUGAAAGGUAUUUCUGAGAGCUGCAAAUUUUUCAACUUCGAAAUGUCAUUUAUUCCGACAGGCUGUACAGAGGUCCUUAUGUUUUUGUUUUGUUUUAAUGGCAACAUUUUAACUGUCCUACUAAAAGAGUAUUCUGUGAUUAUCUUUUAAGCAUCACAGAAAUUUAAGUAAAGGAUACAUACCUAUUUCUGUCGAUGUUAAAAAUGAUAAAGUAAAAUUAGCUAUAAUCUGUAUUUUUCUCUCUAGUGCCAAAUGAAUGCCUUAGCUCCUCAUCGUGCAUGGUACUGUCAGUGAAGACCUGCAGCUUUUUGUUCUUUAAUGAAAAGCACUAUAAUGAUGUAGCAACAUCAGGUAUAAACUAAAAAAAAAAAAAAAAACUUCUAAGGUUUCAGUUAACAUUUUAUGUAUGGAUAUUGCUUUGUGAAGUCUAAGAGAAAGGUUGCAGUUGGAUCAGUAUAAAACAUAAUGACCAAGCCAAAAUCAGCACCUAGGGCCUUAAAUAAAACAGAGAUGCCCCACAAAAUGAACUAUGGGAACUAUGGGAGGGAAUGGAAGGAGGAGCUUUAUAAACUCCCCCCACCCCCAGGAAUGCAAGAUACUUUUACAGCUACCGUAGUUAUUAUACUCUGGUUGUCUUCUUGCUUCAGUUAGGAAUGUUUUGAUGGUAAAUUCUGCCAUGGUAUUAUAUUUCUGUUUUCCUAACCUGAGAUUUUUAGAAGGAACGUUUUUAGGAUGGUUUGAAGGGAGGUAUUUGAAGGCGCCCUAAUUUGAAAAUUACUGGCCUUGAUCCUCCUGGUGUGAAUCAAGGAAAUACUGUACCUUGCCCUUGGCAGCUCAGGGCCAGAAAGAGAAAAUCCACGUCCUCAAGGUGAGUGAAUCACGCCUUUUCCAUGGCUCAGAUCAAACUUGUAUUUUUCAGACUUCAAGGCCUGCUUAUUUGAUAGUCUGAGAAAUGGCUUUGGUACUUGGGAUUCAGUCAUUUCCAUUAUUAAUGUUUAUGAUUUUUAAACACCAAAACUUAAAAUAUCAGAUAUUGUUGCAUGUUUUAAAAACCAUUUCAUCCCUUUGGCUACCCAGGACCAGCACUGUUUUAGAUAUUACUUAUGAGGAUAAUGAUUAUAUGUACAUAUUCAGACAUCAAAAUUUAAUGACACUCAGUGUUUUUGAGAAGGGGAGAUGAGUGCUGGAGACCUUAAUACUGCUGAUUGAAAUGCUGACAGAGCUGGAGAAAGAAUUUGAAGACAGUGGAAUAAACUAUGAACUCUGCUAAUGGUAACCGAGUUUUUUUUUUUUUUUUUGCUGUAGUAUAGUAGUACAUUGUGCACUAUAUUGCUAAGGAUCUCAUUCUGUUUUGUAAAACAAAUCCAAAUAUGUAUUGUGAAACACCUGUAUAAAACCAUUUUUGAAACCAGUGA